CGAUUACACGCUGACGUUAUCGGCCAUAUUUGUUUUGCUUUCCGGUCCGAGCACCUUACCCUUCCUCCAAACAUAUUGUGAGAUCUAUUUAACCGACUGACGAUGCGGAAUCAAAUUCGAAAGAUGAAUUAUUUACAGUAUUUCCUUACUGUUUUACUGUUGAGCUGUAUACCACCUGUUUACUUAGAUGUCAUUAGUAUGGACAGCCAAAAUUUAAAAUCCGUUUUAGGUGGCCAUGAACUUGUAUUUGUAAAUUUUUAUGCAGAUUGGUGUAGAUUUAGUCAGAUAUUAAAACCAGUGUUUGAAGAAGCAUCAAAUAAAGUUAAAGAAGAUAUAAAGGAAGAGGGAAAAGUAGCUUUUGCAAAGAUAGACUGUGAUUCAGAGAAUUCUAUAGCAGCUCAAUAUCAUAUAAGUAAAUAUCCAACAUUAAAGCUUUUCCGUAAUGGGGAACCGCUCAAAAAAGAAUACAGAGGUCAAAGGUCGGUGGAUGCCUUAGCAACUUUUAUAAAAGAUCAGAUAAAAGAUGUUGUUGAGAUGCACAACACAUUAGAAUCAUUAGAUGAAGUUGAUACAAAUAAAAGAAAUGUAAUUGGCUAUUUUGCCUCACAAGAUUCAGACCAGUACAGGACGUUUGCUAAAGUAGCCAAUCAGCUGAGAGAGGCUUGUAAAUUCCAUGUCGCUAUAGGGCCAGUUGCAGAACCAGAAAGAACAGGAGGGGAUACUGUUGUAUAUAGAAAACCAAAUACAAGAAGAGAAGAUUUAACUUAUACUGGUUCCCUGGUGUCAUAUGAACACCUGGUUCAGUGGGCCAAUGAUAAAUGUGUACCUCUUGUAAGGGAGAUAACUUUUGAAAAUGCAGAGGAAUUAACAGAAGAAGGACUGCCGUUCCUGAUUCUUUUUUACAAUCCUGAUGAUAAAUCAAUUAUAGAAAGAUAUAAUACUGAAGUAGCUAAACAAUUAUUACAUGAAAAAAGUGCUAUAAAUUUCCUCACAGCAGAUGGAUCAAAAUUUUCCCACCCUCUCCAUCAUUUAGGGAAAUCAGCUAAAGAUUUACCAGUUUUAGCUAUAGACAGUUUUAGACAUAUGUAUGUCUUCCCACAUAAUGUAAAUAACGAUUUAGAAAAACCUGGCUUAUUAAGUCAGUUCAUAGCUGACUUGCACUCGGGUAAAUUACACCGAGAGUAUCAUUAUGGGGCUGAAAAGACGGAGUCCUAUCCGACUCCGACUAUCCCUGGAGAAGCUAAAGAAGCAACAGGACAUUUACCACACGACAAAAGUGAACCAGAGCAAAAAGUCAAACAGCCAACAUCUCCGCCAGAAUCUUCAUUUAUAAAACUAGCACCAUCACGAAACAGAUAUACAAUUUUAAGGGAUGAGUUGUAAAUCUGCUGUGAAAUAUUUGAAUGACUGGGAUUGGUGUAUAAUUGUGAUAUGAAUGAGAAACUAACGUGAAAAUUGGUUUCUGUAAAAGUGUACAUUUCAAAAAUACUUUAUUUUUAUUUUUUAGAUGUGCAACAUCUUGGCAAAAUACAUUGACAUUGUUAAUUUCUGAUCACUUAGAAUCAUGUAAAAUCUUUAUUUACUUUGUAAAUUGUAAUAAAAAUUGAAAAUAUUAUUAGCCUAAAGCGUGGUGAAGAAUGUUGUUAUUUCUUGAAUUAUUUUUAGUUAAUUCUGUAUAAUUUGGAAGUAUUGCUUACAGUUUUUAAAAUUUAAUACAAUUUUGUAAUCUUUAUUUUUUGUUAAUUAUAAUAGCAAUUGAAAAUACUUUAACCUGAUGCAUAAGUGUUGUUUAAAAAUAGUUUACACAUUUAAAAUUACCAAACUUUUGAAUUAAGAUCAUAUCAUAUCAUAACCAUUGACGUUUCAACAGCACAUUGCAUGCCUUUCUAGGGUAAAACGUUAAUGAAGGGGAUAGAUCUGGAUUAGAGAAAUAACUCUUAACCAGUUGUGUGUUUGUAAUAGGCAGUUUCAUCAAUGAUUUUUAAGCAUUCAUAUGAAACCGAACUAAAAUAUGUGUUACUCAGAAGCUCUUAAUAUAUAGUUAUAAAAACUGGUGGUACAAACGUACUUUUGAUUUUGAUUUUUAAGAGUUUUGUCCCUUACCCUAGGUCUAUUUUUUUUACAAUGGCCAGAAUUUAUUUAAGAUAACAACUGAAUAACUAAUAAUAUUUUUGAAAAUUAAAAAAAAAAUUGUGUAUAUUAUUUGCCAAUAAAGCACCCAGGGUAUUUAAGCCUAGAAAAAAUGGCUUUUUCAGUUAUGUUAAGCUUAGAUCAUAUUUGGUGUUGUAUCCGAACCAAUUCUUUAUGUUUUUUGGUGUGAUGAUCAGCACUGAAUAUGUAUAAUUGUUUUGAUUAGUUAAUAUCACCAGAAUCAUGCAGAAGGUAAUGAUAUUUGAAACGGUCAAGUAGUUUGCAAAUUACCUGACUUUUGGAAUUAAAUUUACUAUUAUUCUACUUCAAAGUUUGAAUAAACGAAAUCAAAAGUUUGAAUUUUGGCCAAAAAGCUUAAUUGUUUUUUUCUGAUACUUGAAUACUUCUGAGGUGAAUACUGUUGACUACUUCAGUAUUUGUAUGAGUCAAAAUUUUUGUAUUGUUCAAAUAAUUUUGAUGAUCAAAAAGACGUCGUCAUCUUUACAAUACAUAAAACAGUAAUUUAGAAGAUGAAAUGUAAAGCUAAACGUAGAGAAUCUGCCUCUGUUGUGAUUCUGGUGGUGAACAAUCUGGUGGAGGGUUACCUUUGAAUUAUGGGUGCUUAUGUGACAAGUUUUAUACUGAAUUUUACAGCAGUAUGUGUUUCUGACGAUUUCUGAAUCUAGUCAUUCAAUUUAGAAUUUAUCGAGCACUAUUUAGUAAAAAAAUUUUAAGAUAUGGAAAUCAAUAAUCUUGUGGAAUUGACUUGUAUGAGUACCUACCGCCUGCAGAGUUUUUGUUAAAACACUUGACACUUUUGUUUUUCAAAUAUCUUAUAAGAUUAUGUUGAAAAUGACCAUUUGCAAAAAAAGGGGUUGACACUUGCAUGGAUUUUACUGUAAUGUGUUUAAAAAAAUAAAUAUGUGUUAUUAUUUAUGCUAUUCACUUCAACAUUGUGUUGACAGAAGUAUUACAUGCUAAAUACACAGAAAGUUUUUGUCCUAAAUACACAGAAAAUGUUUGUGCUAAAUACACAGCAAAUGUUGGUGCUAAAUACACAGAAAAUGUUUGUGCUAAAAAUACAGCAAAUGUUUGUGCUAAAUACACAGCAAAUGUUUGUGCUAAAUACAGUGCUAAAAAUACAGCAAAUGUUUGUGCUAAAUACACAGCAAAUGUUUGUGCUAAAAUAACAGCAAAUGUUUGUGCUAAAUACAUAGCAAAUGUUUGAUUAUGUUUUUUUUUUAUUUGAUUUCACAAACCAUAUUUAGAACUUAUGAAUUUUGAAAUUACAGUCAUAAUUUAAAUGUCUUUGUUUUAGCAGACAAUAGUGAUAAAUGCAUUCUUAAAGAAUAUUCAAAAGUAUAAAUGUUCAGAUGUUCAAAGAAAAUUUGUUGAAAAAGGGAAUAUGUUAUUGUUCAUGUAUUUGUUAAUAUUGACAUAAUUUAUUGAUAUUUUCUAAUAGUUAAUUAUUAAUCAUGGAAUUAUUAUCCAAAAAAUGACAACUUUUUUUUAAGCAAAGUUGAUGUUGGUAGAUUUGAUGAAGGUCAACUCGUAUGAAUUGAAGUAGAUCCUUAAUUUUUAUUUAAUAAAAGAGAAACAAAAUUUUAAAUGAAAAUUGGAAGAAAAAGAAUAAGAAAGUAUAGGACUUCAAACAAUAUAUGUUACGAGAUAUAUACAAUUUGUUUGUUAUGGUUUUAUUUUAUGUUGUUUAAAACAAUGGAAACCAAGUCUAAAUUUGCCAGAAUUUUUUUUUGUCCGACAUUCUAAGGCCAUUUAAAAGCGAUGUUAUGUUACCAAAACCUUGCUUCAAAUCUGUUAGGGAUUGACAUCAUACAUAUUAUUUUCUUUUUUGAAUGUGGGGGAUAGAUUAUAUAAAGCACAUAAUCAACAUGUAUGGCUUGUAACUUAAAUAAAAGCAUAUUGUGAAUGAUUUGUUGUAUAAUGAUUUUUUAGGAGCGUCUUUUCCUGAGAGAAUAAAUAAGUUUCUAGACAUCUAAUGCCAUCUAUAUGGACUAAGAGGGAAACAGAUAGAGCCUAGUUAAGAGAUAUCUGAUCGUUCGAGACCCUCAUUGGUAGUCAAGGUCAUUAAAACCUCCAAAGUAGUACUUUCUGAAAGAGAUACAUUUACAACAAUGACAUACCUUGUUAUGCAGUUUGAAAUUCACUAGUGGUAUGGUUUAUAAAGUGUUAUAAAUUUCUAUUUGUUGUCUAUAUUUUCAAAAACCAAAAACAGUUAAGCAAAAAAAAAAGUUUGAGAAACAUAACCUCAUUUUUAAUGGCCUUAUUAUAUAGAUUUUAUUUUGUAUAGAAUUUUUUAUGUUUACGAAAAGUUUAUAAAUAUAUAUAAACAUAAGUACUCAGAUGUUUAGUUCCCUGUUGCACAACAUCUGGUCUCUUUUUAUUUAUUGUCUUGCCUUCUGCUGCUGCCAUUGUUUUCUGUAAAUAAUAACAAUAAAAACAAAUCAGACUAUGUGUAUAAUUAUUUGAUAAGUUGUGUAAACUCCAGUUUUGUGAAAAGGCUAAGCAGUUCCUGCUUCACUUGUGUUGCCGUUCAUGUUCCCUAGCAAUUAAAAGCUGAUAAUGAAUUGCAGAUGUUUGGCAAAUAUUUACCAUUGCCAUGUAUCUCCUUUUUAUUUUUCUAUUAACAUUUUAACCCAUUGAGAUGUAUAACAGCCUUAGAUAUGUUUCUUGCUUAUGGUUUUGUUGUCUGCUUGUGCUGAUUUUGUGUCAUGAAUUGAAAAUAUAUAUUACAGACCAUAACUGACAUCACUGAGAAAAUAAACUUAGUGAUGAGACAAUACUCAACAUAUGGUCCUUAUAGCUGGAUUUUGUACAAGAACAAAAUGUUCUUGGUUUAACCAGUUUUAUGUGUCCACAGAAUCCACCUGUACCUAACUAGAAACUCUACAUGCAUUUGUUUGCAAGAGAAUGUAAUUGUAAUUGAUCUAAAUUCGCAAACAUUGUAAGCUUAGUAAUUCACCUUAUGUUAAUAUGUCAGCUCCUGAACAUGCAUGAAAUAUUUGCCACUGGACAUUAAGCAAACAUCAACCAAUCAUCUUUUGCUAAACAUACUAUUGUAGAAAGGAUCUAAAAAGAUAGAUUAUAUUAUAUUUGUUAUUGGUAAGAGAGAUUUUUGUUUGUUUGUUAUUGUUGAUAAAUUAUAUAAGUGUUAGAUGACACUGCCUAUUGUUUUGAACUGAAGAAAAUAUGACCUUUUGAGAAUUAUUCAGAAGUAAUAAUUUGUGGUGUAUGUGUGCACAAAGUCUUAUGAUACAGGGUGAAAUGAAGCUGAAAACAAUGUUAUAUGUAUGAUUCGCCAAAAUUUUCUUUAACCAAAUUUUUUAUGACUUUUUCGGCUGAUUGACAUGAACAGGCUUAAGCCAGAAAUAUCUGUUUGAUUAUAGUGAAAAGAAGAGAUAUUGAAGACCACUUCUGUAGUAUUUAUUGUAAAGCGUAAGAAAAUUAUUACAGGUUAAAACAAGCAUUUGUGAUGUGCAUCGUGAAAAUGUGAAUGUAUACAUGAUGGAGCUGUUUUUGUUUUGUUUUGAAAGUGACAGUCACAUGACAAUUUCAUAACUAGCACUCUAUUGAAAUUUUUGUUUGAUAUCAUCAGCCAUGUCUCCCUUUGUCAUAAUAGCAAAACCAGAGAAUGACGUGGAAAUUUAAUUUCAUAAUUGAAUUUUUUUACAUGAAAAUUUUGGAAGAGUCUAAUUUCAUGUUGCUUUAAAAAUAUACAGUCUGAGAUGUUAAAAAAGUGAAAUUAUUGUUCAUCACAUUUAAUAUAUAACAUUUAAUUGUUUCCUCAUUCUUCAUGCAAGUAGAGAUCGUGUGAUUUCUCUUUGUCUGUUUGUGCUCAUUACAUUCAUUGUGCAUUUCAUGAAAUAAAAUUUGUAUAUAAAAAAUCUUUGUUAUUGAAAUAUUGUGGGGAAAAUAACACACAUUUUUUUUAUAAGAGAAGAAGCACAAGAUAUUUUAUCCAUAAUUUUUUUUUAGCAAAGAAGAAUUUCACAUUUUUGUCGGAAUAUUGUUCAUAACCCUAUAAAUGAGUGUGACACUAAAAACAUUUUUUGACAUUGAUGAGGGUCUGGAUGGGGUUUACAAUAUAGAGCAUAAUCGGCAAAACAUGCAGAAAAGAAGGCAAAAAAAUUCAGUAUAGAGAAUAAUCGGCAAAAUGUGCGGAAUAAAGGGCAAAAAAAUUAAGAAUAGAGAAUAAUCGGCAAAAUAAAUGAAUAUGAAUUACCUAAAUAUGAGUCCCAACAUUGAAACCCUUUCACCUGCCACAGCUUAAUCAAAACAAGAAAAAUAUAUAAUAUUCAGAUCAUUUUAAUGUGUAUUUUGUGCUAUAUAAUAUAGGUAGUGCGGUUUCAUUAUUAUUUCAUAUGUAUAAAUGAAUGGAUUUGAUUGGAAAAGAUGUGUGAACUGUUUAUUAUGGUUGAAAUGUUUGAAUAUUCAUAAGAUAAAUGUUUUAUAAAGUA